CAUCAUCAUCGUCGAUGGAUGAUAUGACAAUGUCCGCCGGCAUGGAUACUUCGGCUUGGAUGGACGUUGCGUUACAAAGGGCGGAGGAAUCCCUGCGGAAGGGCGAGGUUCCCGUGGGCUGUCUGUUCGUGUAUAACAACGAGGCGAUCGCAACGGGCAACAAUACGGUGAACGAGACCUGCAAUGCGACACGUCACGCGGAGAUCAAUUGUAUCGACCAAGUCUUGAGGUUCUGCAGAGAGAAGCAGCUGGACCACGAGACGGUGUUUCAAGAUCUCGACGUGAUCGUCACGGUGGAGCCGUGCAUAAUGUGCGUGUCGGCGUUGCUUCAGCUAUGCGUACGCAGUAUCGUGUAUGGCUGUGCGAACGAUCGAUUCGGCGGUUGCCGCAGCGUCCUCGAGAUACCGAGCCUUUACGAGCCGAAGACAACGAUACAGGGGGAUGUGAAGGCGGACGAGGCAAUGAAAUUGCUCAAAGACUUCUACAAAGGCUCGAACCCCAACGCACCCGAAUCGAAGGUCAACAAGAAGGGACGCAAAGCAAAGGAAACCGUUGUCUUGACAGAAAACCAGAAGACCUCCCGGAUGGCGUCGUAUGCUCGUUCCCACAUCCUCGCAGGGUCCUCGCCCCGCUCCCGGACAUCGGCAGGUAAUCGUCGCCGACCACGUACUUGUCCAGGACCUGCGGUCGAGUUAGGUCAAGAAGAAAAAAUAAAAGGAAGAAUCAUUUAGAAAGCUAAAGGAGACAAUGCCAGCUGACACGCAGAUAAGAAUGCGUGAUGAACCCAUGUACGUUGUUUGU